AUGUCCCAAGGUACUUUAUACAUUAACAGAUCUCCAAGAAACUUCACUGCCGAAGCUUUGAUUUCUCACUUCAAAUUAGAUGUCAAGAUCGCCGAUCUCGAACAAUCUAGCGAAUUCGCCUCUUUGUUCCCAUUAAAGCAAGCUCCAGCUUUCUUGGGUCCAAAGGGUUUAAAGCUAACUGAAGCUUUGGCUAUUCAAUUUUAUUUGGCUAACCAAGUUGCUGAUGAAAAAGAAAAGGCCCGCUUAUUGGGUUCCGAUGUUAUUGAAAAAUCUCAAGUUCUCAGAUGGGCUUCUCUAGCGAAUUCUGAUGUCAUGUAUAACAUUGCUCGUCCAUUCCUUUCCUUCAAAGGUUUGAUCCCAUACAACAAGAAGGAAGUUGAUGCUUGUUUUGUUAAAAUUGACCACAUCGCUGCUAUCUUCGAUGCCAGAUUGAGAGACUACACUUUUGUUGCUACCGAAAACAUUUCUCUAGGUGAUCUUCACGCUGCUAGUUCUUGGGCUUUUGGUUUGGCCACUAUUUUAGGUCCAGAAUGGAGAGCUAAGCACCCCCAUUUGAUGAGAUGGUUCAACACCGUUGCUGCUUCCCCAAUCGUGAAGACUCCAUUUGCCGAAUUCAAAUUGGCUGAUAAGGCUUUAACCUACACUCCACCAAAGAAGCAAAAGGCUGAAAAACCAAAGGCCGAAAAGCCAAAGGCUGAAAAGAAGAAGGAGGAAGCUAAGCCAGCUGAUGAGGCUGCUCCAGCUAAGAAGCCAAAGCACCCAUUGGAAGCUUUAGGGAAGUCCACAUUUGUCUUGGAUGACUGGAAGAGAAAGUACUCCAACGACGACACUAGACCAGUUGCUUUGCCAUGGUUCUGGGAACACUACAACCCAGAAGAAUACUCCAUCUGGAAGGUCGGUUACAAAUACAACGACGAAUUAACCUUGACUUUCAUGUCCAACAACUUGGUCGGUGGUUUCUUCAACAGACUGUCUGCCUCUACCAAGUACAUGUUCGGUUGUCUAGUUGUCUAUGGUGAAAACAACAACAACGGUAUUGUCGGUGCCGUCAUGGUCAGAGGUCAAGAUUUCGCUCCAGCUUUCGAUGUCGCUCCAGAUUGGGAAUCUUACGAGUACACUAAGUUGGACCCAACCAAGGAAGAAGACAAGGAAUUCGUAAACAACAUGUGGGCUUGGGAUAAGCCUGUUGUUGUCGAUGGGGAAGCUAAGGAAAUUGUUGAUGGUAAGGUUUUGAAAUAA